AUGCUGUGUUCGACGCGCCGCGCGCUGAUGCAGCGCUCUCGGAUGAUGUUGGAGACGAACUUCAAGAGUCAUAGCGCUGCCGCCAACCCUACCACUGAUGCGUCUGUCACGGGCAAGGUGAAGGCAGAGUUGAAAAAAAUGAUCAAGAUCCAGCUGGUGCUCAUCCCUAUCUGCGUAGUCUUUAUGGUCUGGAUGUACCCCACCCCCACCGAGGAGGAUGAGCGGCGAAUGCGGCUGGAGUAUGAACGCAAUGCUGGCUGGAAGACUUAG